CUGGCCUGGGGACGGAAACGCAGCAGGCUCCAGGGUUUUGCGGCUCAAAGCACAGCGGAAAAUAACUCAAAUAUUCCCGUGUGUCUGUUUAGAGACGGAGGACGGCAUAUUUCUUUUGACGCUGACCUUCUUUGGGAAUAUCGCUAAGAGUGUCUGGUGUGGGUGGGAUCUAUUUGAAUGCCCAGCACACACUUACCACGAAUAGCACCAUGAACAGGAAUAAGCGUGAGAAAGAGUAUUACAGUAUAGAUGUAGGAGAUUCCACAUUUACCGUCCUGAAGCGGUACCAGAACUUAAGACCCAUCGGCUCUGGAGCACAAGGCAUCGUCUGCUCAGCAUAUGACCACAUCUUGGAGAGAAAUGUCGCUAUUAAGAAACUCAGUCGGCCCUUCCAGAACCAGACCCAUGCCAAACGGGCGUACAGAGAGCUGGUGCUCAUGAAAUGUGUCAACCACAAGAAUAUAAUUGGACUCCUAAAUGUCUUUACACCACAGAAAACACUUGAAGAGUUUCAAGACGUUUACCUGGUCAUGGAGCUGAUGGAUGCUAAUCUCUGUCAGGUGAUUCAGAUGGAGCUGGACCACGAGCGACUCUCUUAUCUGCUUUACCAGAUGCUCUGUGGCAUCAAACAUCUGCACGCAGCUGGCAUUAUACACAGGGACCUGAAGCCAAGCAACAUUGUGGUGAAGUCAGACUGCACAUUGAAGAUCCUGGAUUUCGGCUUGGCUCGCACAGCUGCAACUGGGCUCCUCAUGACCCCCUACGUAGUGACGCGCUAUUACCGUGCGCCAGAGGUCAUCUUAGGCAUGGGCUACCAGGCUAACGUUGAUGUCUGGUCUGUUGGCUGCAUUAUGGCCGAAAUGGUCAGAGGCAGUGUGCUGUUUCCAGGCACUGAUCAUAUUGACCAGUGGAAUAAGGUGAUCGAGCAGCUGGGUACGCCGUCUCAGGAGUUCAUGCUGAAGCUGAACCAGUCCGUUAGGACCUAUGUGGAGAACAGACCCCGAUACGCAGGGUACAGUUUCGAAAAGCUUUUCCCUGAUGUUCUCUUCCCUGCUGACUCUGACCACAAUAAGCUCAAAGCAAGCCAAGCUCGAGACCUUCUGUCCAAAAUGCUGGUUAUAGAUGCAUCCAAGCGGAUCUCUGUGGACGAGGCCCUGCAGCAUCCCUACAUCAAUGUGUGGUAUGAUCCCAGUGAGGUUGAAGCGCCUCCUCCACUGAUCACAGACAAACAGCUGGAUGAGAGGGAACACACUGUGGAUGAGUGGAAAGAGCUGAUAUAUAAAGAGGUGCUGGACUGGGAGGAGCGCUCGAAAAACGGUGUAAUCCGUGGACAACCGGCUACAGUAGGUGCAGCAGUGACCAGCGUCUCCCAGCAGAGCUCCACAUCCUCUUCGUCCUCCGUCUCCACUGUCCCCACGCUGUCCUCAGAGACAGAAAGCAGCUUGGAGACUUUGUUUUCCUCUUCCUCCACCGGGCAAGUCGGCUGCUGCAGUUGACCAUCACCCCGUUUUUCUUCUCACCUCCGUGACGUUCCUCCAUCUGUUUUCAGACUGACUUGUUUAGUUUUGGUCAGGGGAAAAAGUCAGAGUAAGGUGGGAGUUUUUAAAAAGCACCUUAAGAAGCUUUUACACCAAACCAGCGUUACUUUGGUUGCUUUUUUUUGGUUGUUUGUUUUUUUGAGAGAGGGGGAACUCGAUUUAGUGUCCGACUGAAACUACCGCUGCAUCUCCUCAAUGCCAUGUCGUUCAUUUGUCGUAGGCUAAAUUUAUAUCUGAAGAUGCUUUGAAUUUCGAGAUUGCUGUGAGCCAAGUUUAUUGCAGUUUAGCGGAAUGGUGCGUCCUGUUAAAGACUCAGCUCUUCCAUUCUGUUACUGUUUUAGAGUUAAGUACAAUGCAUCUUGAAUGAAUUUCCAAAAUAUUUGUUUAAUAAACAAAUAUUACCUUAGAGUCUUUCUCGCAUGACUUAAUGCUGCGAUCAGGUCAUAACCAAUUUACUCAGUUCUUUCACUAUUUUAAAAAAUUAUUUAUAAUAGGCAUUUUAACCUACUUAGUUUUUUUUUUUUUUUUUUUUUUGCUACAGGACUUUAUAGACUCAAGACACCUUUUUAUUUCACAUAUGGCUGUGUAUGGGAUCCAUACUGUACAGGUUUUAAUGUUAAAAUCUAAUCAACAGUAAAUAUUAUAAAUUAAAUUAAAGAUUAUAUUAUUAUUUUAAUUUCUUUUUUUGGUCUUCAGUGAUUUGUACAGCUUGGCUCUGGAAUGUUGAAAGGCUUUUGUUAGGUGAUCAGUUUGUUGUGGAUAUUUGACAUGGAACGUUUGUAAAACUCUAUUUACAAUAUAGGUCAUAUCUCUGGCACAGUGCAUUCUGGGUAUUCUGGGCCGGUUAGAAUGCAUCGUUUGGAUACAGUCUAUUCCAGCGCCCAGAGAAUGUUUGAGUCAGCUUUUGUUUAAGACUUUAAAUAAAAGUAAUACAAUGUGAAUUCAGUGAAAUGUAUGAAUAACUGUAUAGAAAAGAAUGUUAGCUAUGAUUUGAAAUAAUUUUCAGGAUGUAGUGACAUAUUCUGUAAGAUUUUAUGAAAACUCUCACUCAGAUGUUGUUUUGUUAGUCACACUUUACAUUAAGAGGCCAUUAAAAGUCAUUAUUUAAUACACAUUGCUAUGAACAAAGCAUAAACUCCAGCAUAAAAUGACACUUGCAUUAUUAUUUUUUUAAUAAAUAGCCAAUUUAAAAUAACACCUGCAUUAAGAGAUGUUUAUACCAUCACUGAGUAAAAUAGUACAGACAGUGAUGUGAGCAGCAUGAACAUGGGAAGAAAAUUAAUUUAUCAUUUGUAUUCUGAACACCAGAGUUCAAUAAAUUCUAAUAAUUUAAUAACAUGCUAUAACUGUGAACAUAAUGCUGAAGUUUAUGUUUUAAAUUAUUGUUAAUAUUAAAUAAAGGGAACCUUAAUGAAAAGUGUCACAUUAUUUUUAUUAUUUCUGUAAAGAUGAAUAGUUUUCAAUUUAUCACAGCAAACUCGAGUUACGAGCUCUUAUUGCCCUUUCACCAACUACAUCCAGAGUAAUGGACUCGGCAGACCAGUGACUAGAUUAGUUUAAAUGCUUAAAGUCUGUUAGUGCUAAAUCCUAAACCAUAUAUAUUUUUUUCCAUUUUCAUGUUCUUUAUGAAAGUGCCUGUGUCAUUCAUUUGCAAACAACAUACAUUAUGUCUUUGAAAUUCCGCAGCAGAUCACAGUUCGCAUGAUGUAAGGAGUGUGGCCUUUUUUUAUUUUAUUUUAUUUUUGUUUUUAAACUCUGUAUGACUGAUUCAACGACUGUUGGAUUGAUGGUGUGUCAUGUGUAUCAUGAUUAACGUGACAACCUUUUGGUUUUAAUAGGAUAGUUUUAAACAGGACGUAUAAAGGUAGUUAAAAUGUAGAUGUUUGUGGAUAAUAGUUAAUAUGUCCUUUGGAUUCAAAGUUCGAAGAAAAGCUAGUGUUGAUGGUUGUGGUGGAGAUGGUUUUUUGGGGGCGGUAUGGUAGAAUGUAAAACGUCACGUUAGCGAGGGGUUUAUGUAUGUGGUGCCUGGCAGGAGGCUGAAUAAGACAGAACGCUGAAUGGCCAGCCAACUCUUUAAUCAUGUUACAGCACAGGUUUCUACUGGUUUGUGGUUAGCUUUUCAUUCUUUUUAUUUUUAUUUUAUUUUUUUCUAAGUGCUCUUAUGUCUUGGCCUUCUUUCUGGAGGCAGCAUUUGAUGAUUUGUUUUUUUUUUUCUGAUGAAAUUUCAUCUUUGGAUGAAUUUGCUUUUCUUUUACUUCUUCGAAAUGUGAUGGCGCAAUUACAAUUCUAUCACAUUGCAACGAUAUUAUAAUUCUAAUUAAAGUACACAUUGAUCAACUACCUCACUCCAAAUUUCUACAACUUCUUGGAUAUUUAGCUGCCCAUAAGGUGUCCAGGAUGUGUUAAUACAAAUUCCAUUAUUUAUUUAUUUGAAAGUUUGUCAAUAGUUAAAAAUAAAAACACGUCUAGUUUUGUACAGUAUGUAUAUUUCACGUAGAAGUAAAAGGACUGUAAUGUAAAUUUUUGGUCUUUUUUUUUUUUUUUUUUUAACAGUUCAUGUGCAAUACCCUCUGCUCUGUGUGCUUUCUUGUAAGUGUAUCUAGCUACAGGAUGUUAGCUGUAUGUUCCCAAUGGUAGAGAAAUGUUUGGUACUGUCAAUUCAGUUCAGUUUAAUUCAACUAAAAUAAAAUGCUAAAUUCAUAAAUUUAAUUUUUUUUUUUUUUUUAGUUUUCUGUGACUGGGGUUAAAUUGUGUCACAAAAACUGAUGAGCUGGAACAAGACAGAGGUGUAUGAAUUAUAAUGGAUCAUUUUAGUAAGGCUGAAAGAAAAAAAAAAAAAACCUUGUGUAAGCUAGUCUGUAAUCUUUGCUAGCAAUACUGGCAAUGCAAAACCCUUACUCUGUGUGCUCUUUCCUGCAUACAGACUAUCAGAAGUGCACUACUAGAAUAAAUGCACUGGGAUCUCACCAAGCCAAUGUUAAAACAUGUACUGCAAAUAAAUACUUCUGUUGGAAAUAUG